AUGCGACCAUCUACCCUCCUUGCUCUAGCCAGUGCAGUUGGCUAUGCUGCCGCAGGUGUUAACUGCAAUGGUAGCUCCAACUGUGCUGGGCUUUCGUUCAGCCUUUCAAACUUUGUCCAGCUAUCCCAACAACUUGACGAAAACCGAAUCUACCGACCUGGUGAGCACAUCAUCUGUGCCGAAGGAGCCUUUGGCAAUGGAGCAUGUGCCUUCUUGCAGGGCAACAGCGCUGAGAACGGGCACUUUGUCAAAAUUCUGCUUCAGGAUCUGCUUAAUUAUGGAUGCAAGAAGUGUGGCAGCAUUCCUGUUGAUGCCACUCAGGGAGGAAAUGACGAUGGUAAUGGAAUUCUUACGGUCAAUGCCGUGGGUAGCACUGGUGGCUGCAACGGAAUUUGUUAG